GUUCGGAGCGAUCGCACGGCGGUCUUCAAAACAUUUCCAAAAGUUUAUCUUUACGUUUCAUAAAAGAAAAUGCCUACGUGGUGGGAUUAUUUGCGUUUCAAUCGACAGUACAAUAAUAAGAGGAACUUAGAAGAGGGGCUAUUCCAAAUCGCGUCGCAAACUUGCAAUAUUCUAGUAAAGGUUAACAACACGAACAAUAUUAAUUUGACUAGGAACGACCGAAGCGACGAGUAUGGUUGUGCCGGGCCGCCCAAAGGGAAAAGUUCCAUGCAGAUCUGCGUGCCGAAGUUCAGAAAGAACUCCAUCACUUCGGGCUGCAACCCAGGACUCUCCACUGUGCUAGAAUCAGGGAGUGUGGGGAACGCGUCGUCGUCUGAUGAAGAGCUGGAACAGUGGGAGCAGAUCUUCAUGAUGAGGGAUGAGAACGGGAACAGCUAUAAUGACAAAAGGAAGAAGCGAAGCAUAUGGUGUCGACCGUCAUGUAUACCAGUAUCGAUAGUGAUAGUUCUGAUAGUACUAGUGGUGUUGGUGCCACUGCUGGACCAGCCCAACAUUGUGCAGGUGCUGCCCACUGCUGCUCACGUCAACUUGCAUUGCUCAGACGAGUGUAGGUUAUCGUUAGUGGAAAGUAUACCGGAGGGCCACAUGUAUCCUCCGAAUACAACGCACACGCGGACCAAAAACGCUUGGUUAGAUUUGAUAGAUGAAGCUCAAUCUUCAAUAGAAAUCGCCUCUUUCUAUUGGACACUUAGGUUUAAUGAAAUAUAUCCUUAUAACUCUUCUGUGGAUGGCGAGCAAGUAUUCCAGGCCUUACUUGCAGCCGGAACAAAGAGAAAAAUAAACUUGAAAAUUGCUCAAAACUGGCCUUCAAAGUCCUAUCCUAACGUAGAUACUGAAUAUUUAAUUAAGAAAAAAGCUGCCCAGGUGCGCAGCCUCAACUUCUCAAAGCUGCUGGGCGGCGGCGUGCUGCACACCAAGUUCUGGCUGGUGGACCGCACGCAUUUUUACAUCGGCAGUGCCAACAUGGACUGGAGGUCGCUCACACAGGUCAAAGAGUUGGGUAUAGUCGCCUACAACUGUUCCUGCCUUGCGACCGAUUUGGGGAAAAUAUUUGAUGUGUACUGGAGCCUAGGCGCGGCGGAUGCGGUUCCAGCGUCGUGGCCCGCUGAACUCGGCACAGACAUCGACAUGGAACACCCGCUCAACCUCUCCAGCUACGGCGCCUACAUCACCAGCUCGCCGCCGCCACUGAGCCCGGCGGGGCGUACGGCCGACGACGACGCCAUCGUGGGCGUCAUCGCCGCGGCCGACGAGUUCGUACACAUCGCCGUCAUGGACUACGGGCCCACGCUCGAGUACACGCCCAAGCUCAAAUUCUGGCCGAAGAUCGACGACGCGAUCCGACGCGCGGCGAUCGAGUCGCGCGUGCGAGUGCGGCUGCUGGUGAGCUGGUGGAAGCACUCGCAGCCUGCGGAGGAACACUUCCUCGCGUCGCUGGCCGCGCUCGCGGACUCCUACCCGCGCCUCGACAUACAAGUGAGACGUUUCAUCGUGCCAUCGACUCCCGAGCAGGACAAGAUCCCGUUCGCUCGCGUAAACCACAACAAGUACAUGGUGACGGACCGCGCCGCCUACAUCGGCACCUCCAACUGGUACGGCGACUACUUCGUGAACACCGCGGGCGUCGCCUUCGUUUACGAGCCCUACUGCCUCAACAACACGCGCGAUAUACGGAAGGAGCUGCAAGAAGUGUUCGAAAGAGAUUGGACUUCCCCUUACGCUGUGCCCUUGAGAAGGUUAUAGCGUACGCCACAGAUUAUGUAACACUUCAUGAGUUCUAAGUUUGAGUUUUCAUUUUAUAGGACUAACUAUAUUUGCAAAUGAUGUUUGUAAGAAGUUUUAUCAUCAUCCACUUCCACUGCUAGGUCUCUUGUAGGGACUUCUAAAUAUAACUUGAGUCCAACGUUCGUGAUCACUGAAUACAAUACUAAAGGUCAUUUCUGAACAAAGUCACAAAGUUGCAAAGUUUCGACAGCUUUCAUUCAGUUUUUGCUCCUGUAAAAUUUAACUUUUAUGUAAUUACACCUUUUUCUUGAUUGUUGUGGUGUGUGUGUCAUUUAUAAGUGAUUUUUGUAAAAAGUAUUAUCGUGUUAUCAUUAUUAGUUAACUUGAAAAGUUGACUCUUUUGUGUGUGACCUGUCGAACAGGUUCUGACGUGUGUAAUUUUUUAUACUUAUCGAAUAAAAACCAAUAUUUUAUUAAACGUAUCCUGUUAAUAAAUAACAGUGUCUUUGUAAAUAGGCCUUUUUUCCCUGCAACAAUUUACUUACCCACAUCAAAUGUUAAAUUUAAUAAGAUAAAAGUCUAACUCAUGAUAUAGCUGAGCCUAAUUGUCUUCAUAUUUUCAUGUUAAGACACUAUGGGAGAGCCAAAAAUUGUACAGACAAAAGUUUUUCGUAUUCUACAAAAAUUGGGGUAUUCACUUUGGUAGUUAAUCUUUAGAUUUCUCAAGGCCGGACUGUAUUACAGCUUCAUUGCGCUAAGCGUAUCGUACGUAGUUCAUUUAAAGUGUAUAUGCACUAUACGAAAUUAUUGAAGUAAUAUUUUGACGCGUGGUGCAGCGCUGCGCAGUGCGGCUGUAUUGCAGUCCGC